AUGAAGAACGCUAGUCUAGGCAGUGAGGACGUGCAGAACGCUAGUCUGGGCAGUGAGGACAUGAAGAACGCUAGUCUAGGCAGUGAGGACAUGAAGAACGCUAGUCUGGGCAGUGAGGACAUGAAGAACGCUAGUCUAGGCAGUGAGGACGUGAAGAACGCUAGUCUGGGCAGUGAGGACAUGCAGAACGCUAGUCUGGGCAGUGAGGACGUGCAGAACGCUAGUCUGGGCAGUGAGGACGUGCAGAACGCUAGUCUGGGCAGUGAGGACGUGCAGAACGCUAGUCUAGGCAGUGAGGACGUGCAGAACGCUAGUCUGGGCAGUGAGGACGUGCAGAACGCUAGUCUGGGCAGUGAGGACGUGCAGAACGCUAGUCUAGGCAGUGAGGACGUGCAGAACGCUAGUCUGGGCAGUGAGGACGUGAAGAACGCUAGUCUAGGCAGUGAGGACGUGAAGACCGCUAGUCUAGGCAGUGAGGACGUGCAGAACGCUAGUCUAGGCAGUGAGGACGUGCAGAACGCUAGUCUAGGCAGUGAGGACAUGAAGAAUGUAAAGAACACUAUAGUCGUAGAACACAAGUCUUUCCUUUCUUACAUCAAGGUCAAGAUCUCACCGACCAAUUCAAAGACCCUUAUUAAAGUAAUAUAA